UGGGUAAAUCUUAGGAGCUUGGUAGGCUUCGAAUGAAGAUCACUGAUUUUCUGGAAUAAUUCAUCAUUCCCAAUAAAAUUUGCAGAGUUUUAAUUAGGGCGGUAUUUGCCGUUCGGUAAGUUUUUUGUCGACAAUUCGGCAAAUCAGUAAAUUACCGGUUCGCCAAUUUGCCGGAAAUUUUCAAUUCCGGCAAUUUCCCGGUUUGCCGUUUGCCGUAAUAACAAGUUGCGUAAGUUUAUAGAAGGAUUUUUUUAAGCAAAUGCCUUUUUCAGCAAAUGCCGUUUUUCGGCAAAUAGCAAUUUGCCGGUUUGCCGAUUUGCCGGUUUGCCGAAAUUUUCAAAUUUCCAAUAGAGUUAUGGUGCAGUAUAUUACUCUUGAACUCCUUAUCUCCGUUGCACCAUCAUGUCCAACCUGACAGCCAUUAGCCAAAAUUAACUAUCUUUGUCUCGCCCUCUUGCACUUCGCUCUGUACAUCUGGUUUUGUUGUCUCUCUCUCUCUACGAGUUCUUCUUCUUCUUCUUCUUCUUUGGGGUACCACCACCAACACUACCACCCGCCAGGUUUUUUAUUGCUUUUCUUUCUUUGUGCGCGUAAAUUUCAAAUGCAAACGGGGAGGAAACGGAAAAAGAUUUGAAUCGGAGACUGACGGUGAUGGUUGAUGAUGACACCCUUUAGUGUUGCACUUUCUAGUAUGCAACAGGGGAGCUUGAAGGAAUGGGCCGUAAGCCUGAGGUUUUAGGCUCAGAGAGGCUUGUGAAAACUGAAUUUGAAAAAAAGAAAACCACUGAUCUUUGAAAGUACAGUUUUUGAAAAAAAAAUGGAGGGGUGGGCGGCAAAAGAUUUUUUCCGGCAAAUCGGCAAAUUGCCGGAAUUGAACUUUCCGGCAAAUCGGAAAAUUGUAGGAAUUGAAAUUUGCGGCAAAUCGGCAAAUCGGAAAAUUGUGGUUUUGCUCUUUCUUUUUUUUUGAAAUUUCAGAAAUUCAAUUUUUAUCGGCAAAAUUGUACGCAUCCUAUGAAUAUUUCUACAUCUAUUUUGAAAAGUAAGCAAAUUGUAUAAAAUAUCUAAAGAAAACGGGAAAAAAUUUCAAAAAGGCACAGUUUUGUGUGUGCUUCUGUCUUAUCAAAAAUCCUUUUAGAAUCGUCCGGCAAAAAUCGGAACUUUGCCGAAUUUGUAGACAAAAAAAUGUGUUUCUUAAUUUUGAUAUUAAACUUUCAAAGUUUAUUGAUAAAAUAUUGUUUUGAUGCCCGAUGCACCAUGUUCACAAGGUGAGACAAUGCAACUUUGAAGCAGUUUUUGAGCAACUUUUGAUUAAAAAUAUAGCUAUUUUCAAAAAGAUUUCAAUAAAUUGUGUAAAUUGCAUUAAAGUUCAAUAAAUUAAAAUUCAAAUUCAACUAACAAAAAGUGACAAAAAAUAAUUCGAAUUUUUAAAUUCACGCGAUGAUUGCGUGGAAUGCCAACGUGUGUUUGAAAAUCCAACAAUUCAAUCAUUGUACGAUUUUCCCGCCGGACAAAAGUGACAUCUUAGGAUUCAACUCCUUCUGAAGAAUCUACAUCGAGCGGCUUUAUAAGCUCCAAAAGGAUUUCGCAAGAUGGCCUCGAUUUCUCAAGCUUCUAGUGAUUUGCUUGGAAGCAGUUCCGUACUUUGCGCGCACGUGGUGCCUCAACAGGGAGAGAUCGGGAAGAAAGCAAUAACUUAUGAAAUGAGUGAGUUUUUUUUUAAGCUUCUAGCUCUCAAAACUAUUGUUUCGGAAUGCCGCUGGAAGGAAAGUGAAGUCGAUUCCUUGAUGAUUGUUGGGAAACUCGGCAAACGGAUGAAGAACACAGUCAGGCUUUCCCAAGCACUUGUGAAACUCACACUUGGACGGACUAUUCCAAAUAUAAUUAGAUCGGUCAAGGUAGAGUUCGUCUAUGAUUCCGCUCUCGAUGGCCCCACAGCUGGUCUGUGUACAGCGGUGGCCAUAUGGGGCGCCAUCAAAGGCACACAAAUGCCUACCGGUCUGGUUAUUAUUGGAAAAAUUAACUUGUUCGGGAAUGUUGAGGCAGUUGAAGAUCUGGUGGAGAUGGUCCAGGAAUGCAUCGAGAAAGGCCAUACGGCUGUGAUGGUGCCGGGGGUGCAAUUUCAUCUGAUUCCGGAUCCUAUGAAAGGCCAGAUAAGUGUCCACCCAGUCGCGACCUUCGUACAGGCCAUCGAACUUAUCCAACAUAUGUAAUUCCUCUACUUGCAAGUUAUCCAUUCCCGUUUUCAAUUUUCACACAAAAUCAUUUCCUCGUUUGCUGAGCUAUCGAGUCAUUUUUAUGUGCUCUUUUGGUCAUUUUUAAUACUGUCUUCAAUGAAUGCCCUACUUGAUGUGAUUAUCAUUCAAUAUCCUAUUGCAUCUCGGACUUGAACUAGUUAUAAUACUUGGAACCAAUAAAAUGAUUUUGCCAAUA